UAGUAAUAAUUGUUUUUUUUAUUUUAUGUAUUUAUAGGAUAAAGAUGAACAGACUAGGUUAGAAAUGAAACAUCGUAAAGAAGAAGACGAUUUGUACAGGAAGUUUGCGAAGCAACGGGAAGCCGAAGACAUUCGUAUAAAAGAAGAGAUAAACAACGAAUGGGAAAAAGAAUUGGAAAGGCUGACCAUACGUUUUGAGAAGGAACUUCAAACGAAAAGAAAACGGCCGGAUGAACAAAAAGUUCUCACGAUAAAGUUGCAACAAGAACGAGACAAUCUUGAAAAGAAUAUGACCCUAAGGAGAGACAAAAAGAAAGAAUCGCUAACUAAAAAACUCUUGGAACAUGAGAGGUAAGAGCCGUUUGUUGAUAAAAUAUAUACUUGAUAGUAGAUAAUACAAUUUAUUACUGGAUAUCUUAUAAAAAUAUCAUUCUUGGGUUUUUUUGCACAAUACUACUAAUUACAAUAAACGGUAAAUAUUAUAACUCAAAUUGUGUGUAGACGUGAUUAGGUUAUAUGCCUGCUUGAUAUUAUUCAUAAUUAACACCAAAGUUUAAUGCGUACUACUACAACUGUCUACUACAUAAAACAAAACUUGCCUAUGGAAAUUAGUAGCCUGCAGUAUGGCAACGAUGCUGCAAUCUUAAACUAAUAAAUCUGUUUGUCAGUAUAUUAUAAUCAGCUUACUCGUAUAUGCAUACCAUAGCAUAGUCUACAGCAUAGCCUCUUGUAAAAUUUAAUAAGAAAAAUAUAUUUAUUCUUUUCAUAGCACGUCCAACAAUAAUUACUGAAUUAGCACCGCCUAUUUUAAACAAGUGUAUGAUUAAAGAUUCCAAUUGUACUUAAUACUUUACGGUCGUAUAGUGUCGAUGAAAACAAUAUCAUAGUGUUAUACUCAAAAUGUUCUUCAUUAUAUUUCAAAGUACAAUUAUUAUGUAUUUUUUUUUGUGUGUCUGUCAUCACCUUUUAGACAGUACUAUGGUACUUUGGGGGGUCAAAAGUAAAAUUUUUCCAA